ACAAGGAUUUCUGCUGCUCCUCGAGUCCACGUUCCUCUACAACCCAAAAUCAUCUCCACAAACACAUCAAGAGCUGCAACCAUGAUAAAUAUGAGACCCUGGUGAAGAUUAUGACUGAACUUGAGGAUCUGACGCCCACCAGAAGCUCCAGUGAUCAGCAGACGUCCUCUGGUGCUGUCAGCAUUAACAGCUCUCUCACCAGAGAACAGAACAGAAGGAACGUCUGCUCACAGUGUGGGAAGAGCUUCAGGUUCCUGAGUGCUCUCAAGACACACCAGCGCAUUCACACUGGAGAGAAACCAUAUUGGUGCUCACAGUGUGGGAAAGGUUUUACUCAACAGAGUGCUCUCAAGAUACACCAGCACAUUCACACCGGAGAGAAACCAUAUCAGUGCUCUCAGUGUGGGAAGAGUUUUAUUACACAGACUAAUCUCAAAACACACCAGCGCAUUCACACUGAAGAGAGACCGUAUCAGUGCUCACAGUGUGGGAGAAGCUUUAAGUACCAGAGUUUUUUCAAAAUACAUCAGCACAUUCACACUGGAGAGAAACCGUAUCAGUGCUCACAGUGUGGGAAGAGCUUUAGGUUCCAGAGUCAUCUCAAAAGACACCAGCGCAUUCACACUGGAGAGAAACUGUAUCAGUGCUCACAGUGUGAAAAGAGUUUUAAUCAAGAGAGUAAACUCAAAGAACACCAGUGCAUUCACACUGGAGAGAAACCAUAUCAGUGCUCACAGUGUAAAGAGUUUUAAUACACAGGGUAAUCUCAAAACACACCAGCUAGAGAGAAACCGUGUCAGUGCUCACAGUGUGAAAAGAGUUUUAAUACACAGGGUAAUCUUAAAACACACCAGCGCAUUCACACUAGAGAGAAACCGUGUCAGUGCUCACAGUGUGGGAAGAGCUUUAAUAUACAGAGUGCCCUCAAAAGACACCAGCGCAUUCACACAGGAGAAAAACCGUAUUAGUGCUCACAGUGUGAAAUGAGUUGUAAUACACAGGGUAAUCUUAAAACACACCAGCACAUUCACACUGAAAAGAAACUGUAUCAGUGAUCUCAGUGUGGGAAGAAUUUUAAUCAACAGUUUGUGCUGUUAAUACAGUUCAUGUCCCUAGUGAAAAAAAGCAGCACUUUGGCUAAGUGGGUAGCACUGUAGCCUCUCAGCGAAAAAAGUCCUGGGUUCAAUCCCUAGGUAGGGCAGUCUGGGACCUUUCUGUGUGGAGUUUGCAUGUUGUCUGCGUGGGUUUACUCCGAUACAAAAUUGUCCAUGACUGUGUUCAGUAUAAACUUGUGAACUGAUGAAUCUUGUGUAAUGAGUAACUAAAGUUCCUGUCAUGAAUGUAACCAAAGUGUAAAACAUGACGUUAAAAUCCUAAUAAACAAACAAAUAAACAAAAAAGUAGUUAAUUUAAUCUAAGUAUAUACUACUGCAUGUGUAUUUAACUCCAUGUUUCACAUACACUUAAAGUGAAAUUAAAGCACACUUCACAACUGCACAAUCAGUAUUCCAAGUGCACCUGGAUUACAUUAAAAUAUAUAUUAUAAAAAUACUUUAAAUAUAUUUCUUUUAGAGUAAAAUAUACUUCCACUUUCUGUCUUUCUAGACUAGAGAUUAUAGCAAUAUAUUUAUCAGUAUAUUUAUUUAUGAGCACUGCAAUGACAUGUAGUAAUACCAACCUUAUAGGUAUACUUGUAAUAAUACUGUUAAUAAAUACAUUACCAUGAAGUAUGAUUUUUGUUAAAAUUGAGUUUCAUUAAAUGUAAUAUACUUCUCAAAUACUUGUUUUCAUAAUAGAUGUUUGGUAUACUUUUGCAAAGAAUGUUAAACAAUUUGUAUUUUUUAAC